AUGUCGAUCUUGCUCCUCAGCCUGGCAUGGAUGCCGCACUGGGGGUUCGCCACUGGGAGAGGAAGUUAUCAGUGCAGCUGUGGUAAUGGUAGUCUUGCCUUUUGGUUGGAAAGUAAACGUCCGGUAGUCCUAGUCCUGGUCACCGGGUGA